CAAGUACGUGGAUGAUAGAAAAUGGACUUUUGUUUGAGAGGACUGUAUCACCCACAGAAAUAGCCACCGGCAAAAGAAAUUCCCCCAGCCAGACGACAGUGUUCAGCAUGUUACACCCGUUGGACGAGGUAGCUCCAGUCAUCACCAAAACAUCAAGUUCUGGUGGCUGUCCCAAGAUUUCUUACCUGACUGACAACACACAGCAUAUCAUCUUCACCAGUGUGGAACCCUCGCUGGUGUUUACCUACGACACGAUGGUGGGCGUCCACUCAGCCUGGCGGGUCCGCAAGGCCAGGCUAGAUGAGUGCAACACGGUGUGUGGUUUGUUAGAGAACAGUUUUUACCACCCUGCUGCCAUGGCAACCCCCAUGGGGAUGAACCAGUCCAGCUCCAGCCACUCACGUUUCAUUGGCAGUCUGUCAGCCCAGUCCCCGAGUAUCUCUCCAAUGAGGAGCUUCUCUGGCCGGGUCAGCUCCCCCGCUAUCAUUCCUGGUCGCUCUCAGAGCCUCAGCCCAGCUGUUGGCAGUAUGGCUGCUGUAAGCCGUUCUCAGUCCCCAGCCCUGGGGCUCACUUCCAUGCACCGCCUCCUGUCCCCUUCCCCCAGUGUGGCCCGUAGCCCUGGGAACUACUUCCGUACUCCGCCUGUAGGCUCCCACAAUGUGUCGCUCAUUAACGAGAGCUACACAGACUGGGUGGAGCCCCUUAAGCCUGAGGUGUGCUUCGAGCACUUGUGGACGGAACCUGCACCUGCCAUCAGGUAA